CUUAUGCAACUUAUGCAGCUUCAGCCUAGAUCCCUCUGUUAUAGAUCUAUAGCUAGCUGCUCCAAAUGUUGUCUCUACUAAGAAUCAAUGCAGCUCUCAAUUGCAGCAAUAUGCUGAGGCCCUUGACAUGUCGUCAAGUUCCUUUCUGCACUGGCAAUACGACACUCAGAAUAGUCGUCUAGUGACUGAUCGAUUGGGUAGGUUAAAUAAUGGUGUCUAUCGUUCUACAGCGGAUACAUACGAUCAAGAUCAUAGAGGGAAAAACAAUCCUUUAUUUCGAUUGGUUGGCUUUGGUUUAUUCGGACUCUCACUGUCGAUAUUUGCAAUAUUUAAGAUAAACAAGAACGAAACAUUUCCAUUCUCUAUAGCACACUGCUCCGACGGUCGAUCACAGCGUUUCAAUUUUCUAGCCGAAGCUGUUGAAAUUGCAUCUCCUAGUGUUGUCUACAUUGAGAAAUCUCAGCGGGUCACGACUAUAUUCGGAGAGAUGGUGGGUGUGUCCUCUGGCUCCGGCUUUAUCGUUCACAAUGGUGGAUACGUUCUCACAAAUGCUCAUGUUGUCGCUAACUCCCGCUCAGUUCAAGUCAAGCUAUCAACCGGACGUGUCGUGAAAGGAGAAGUGACUGAUAUCGAUCAAAUCUCUGAUCUGGCUUUAAUCAAACUAGAACUCUCUGGAAACGAGAAACUUACAGCUGUGAAAUUCGGAAAUUCGUCGUUGCUAAGACCCGGGGAAUGGGUGGUGGCCUUGGGCAGCCCUCUAAAUCUGACCAAUACGAUUACAGCCGGCAUUGUUAGCAGUGUCCUUCGCCCGAGCAGAGAGUUGGGUCUGGAACAACACAAGCCCGAUAUGGAGUAUGUACAGACGGACGCUCCCAUCACCCACGGCAACUCUGGUGGGCCACUUGUCAAUCUAGACGGAGAGGUCAUCGGUGUAAACACUAUGACAGCUGGACCUGGAAUCUCAUUCGCUAUUCCAAGUGAUUUUGCUCAGAAUUUUGUUGAAAAGGCCGUAAAAACUGUGAAAAAACAAGCGAAAGCCACCAAAUAUGCUCUCGGUGUUUCAAUGCUGUCGAUAAAUCCCCGAAUUUUACGAGUCCUUCUCCAGAAAAUAUCUCUACCUCGUGAUCUCACUCAUGGUGUGUUCCUGGCUAAUGUCUGGGCCAACAGUGCUGCCGCUCAAGCAGGUCUACGCACUGGAGACAUCAUUGUGAGAAUAAACGGUAAGAAUGUGCAUUCGAGUCGAGAUGUGAACGAGCUGGUGCAGAGAGGAGAGAGACUAGAGAUGGCGGUGGUGAGGAAGGGCAAGUGGGUGACUGUGUCUGUCAUCCCGGAACCUCUGUACACUGACCACUAGAACUGGUUUAGUAUACAUGUACUGUGUGUGGAACUUUAUGACGUGUGUGUAUGUAUGGAACAGUGCAUGUUUAAUUUAUAAUUUAUGGCUGCAUGACUGUGCAUGCAUGUGCAUGGGGAUUGUGUGUGCACACUGCUUGUACCUAUAAUUAUAUAUAUUGUGGUGGUCACAUCUGUAUUAAUAUGCAUGCAUGCACUUUUUAUGAAAAGCCCAAUCAAUUCACACUGUAAAUAGCUGUGGUCAUAGUAAUUAUGAAGACAUGUCAUUAAUUGCACAAAUUGCAUACGCAUAUCAUACAAUGUGUAAGUUUAUUUGGCAAAUUAAACAAAUUCUACUAAUUAAAGGCCGAAGAAUAAUUAUAAAGAUAACAAAACAUUAAUUAAUUAUUGAUAUAAUCACUAAUAAUGAUCGAUGCAUCACAAGACAAGUACAGGUUACAAAUUAAAUUAUAUAAAUGUCAGUUUGUACUUUUAAACGGCAGAUUAUAGAGUCCGUGUAUUGUCCCCUCCUCUUCACACAACCAGCUGCACAAAACUGUUGUACUGACUGAUAUUGCGCUUCAAGAUGUCCUGACAGGGACCCAAAACACGCUCAAAACGGGAGCGGUCCAAUUUGACGCAUUUGAGAGUGCCCUUGGCUGUAACUGUGGCGGCUCUGGGUCGCUUCAACAGCAGGGCAAUCUCACC